UGGCUGACUCAUUGCUCGCCUCAGGUGAUCAACCAGAGGUUCAGGCCGUGACUCAGCAGUUCCCAUACACAUUGUGUGCUGAGAGAAAUAUUUACAUCAAUUUUCUGCUUCUUUGGAAUAGAAUUCUAAUUGGUUGAUAGCACGAGUACUUCUGACAAACAUAUUUUAUAUGAAUAUAAACUGCGAUUUUGUCUCUGCUCACCUCUUUCAACAUGUCUACAAAGUGCACAGACAAACGCACAAAAGUAGAUCCUGUCCCAACCCAUCCCACUGUGACAAAUGCGGGAACUUAUCAGAGGAAGGAGAACACACAGAAGUGCAAAGAAUCAAACUCAAACCCAGUAACAGCAUAUAGCCGUUAGUGAUCUCCUAAAUUUUUGAAACGCUGAAGUUAUACCUUGAUCCCUCCAUGAUUCCAUGAAUUUUCAAAAUGGAGAACAGCUUAAUAUGACUACUAUCAGACUGGGAGCCAUGCAAUAAAGUUUCCAACAGAAGGAACCUUUGUCUCAGAAAAGACAGUUAUAAAAAGAACAUGAACAUGAACAGUGAGCAAAAAAGCCUUAGGUUGUGCAUUGAAAUGCUUUCAUCGAGGCCAAGAUCCAGCCAAGUAUUGUGAAACGUAGGAGCUUCAACUGAGACUCCAAAUAGAAGAAAAAUAAAGUUUGCUUACAGACUUGGAACCACAUCAUCACCUGCGACUGCCCCACGUUCUUGCAUAGCAGGCCAUAAUCAGGCAAGGCACACUCACAUCCUAUUCCCUGGUGGUCAGUUAAUUCCACGGCACUUUGACAAGUUGCUCCGGUGGCUACACAGUAUCUCAGUAAUGAAAAUCUAUUAGUAACUCUAGUUCUCCGUUCUGGUCAAAACUGGUCCCCUUUUGCUACCCUGCUCAAACUAAAUAGCAGCCCUAUGCUGCUUCUGCAGUAGCUGGCUUUGCAACAGACCAGACCAGCACACACUGAAGAUCAAAUAGAAAAUAUUAAAUGCAUCAAUGAAGGAAUGCUGCCAACGUCAGGGAAAGCUUCACUAAGCAGCGAUCAUGCAUGUGGGUAGCAUAGAAUCAUAGAAUCAUUAACAAGGGAAAAGGCCUCUAAGAUCAUCCAGUCCGAGAGACAGAGGGAAGCGUGAACUUUUAUUGAAUGAUAAACCUUCAUGGUGUAUGAGCCUGGGGCUGCCUGCCAUGGCCAGAGCCACCCACUGGACCUGUGGGAAGACACGGCCCGGGUGCCACUGACUGGUGGGAAACACUGACACUGAGCACACGAGAUGUGGGGGGAAUGGAGCGGGCAGCGGUGCUGCGGAAAGCCCAGGAACGUGUGCUGGGGCUGCAGUGCUGCUGGCACGCGUGCAGCAGGUGAGGCCAGCGCACGGUGAUGAGCAAGCAAUGGACGGCGACAUCGCUGUGGGACGGGUGGUGAUGUCACCCAGUGAAGUUCGUAACACCUUCUGCUUGCUGCAGCACCAGUGAGGGGAGCAGCUUCCCGACCUCAGCUCUCCCCAGCCCACCGCACAGCCCGGGGCCAUGAACGUGGCAUCCGACUGGGUCUGCCCCAUCUGUGGGCAAAUUCGGGAGGACGUCACCUACAUGACCCCCUGCCAACACCAGUUGUGCUAUGGCUGUGCCAUCUGGUGGGCCUACAAGAAGCCGAGUUGUGCCGUAUGUGGGCACGAAAUAAGAACUAUCCGAUACUCGGUGAGGUCGGAUGAUGACUUCCUCGAGUGUGCUGUCCCGCAGCCCGCAGCGCACUCAGACCAAGAUCAAGGCCUGCAGGAGGAGCAGGGGCCUGCAGAGCCGGUGCUCAUCCCACCUGAGCACAACUUUCCAGCUGAGGUCUGGGCUGCAUUUUUCAGGGAACAUCAGGGAGACCUCGAACCCCUGCUCCAAUGGCUGCAGGAGGAGAUCCAGCAGCAGUCCAGCGAUGACUGGUGGGAAGUCCAUGCGGGACAGUGGACCACCAUGAACUUCCUCUGUGAGCAUGGACUGGACGAGGAGGCCUUGCUGCAGGCGCUGCAGCCGAUCACCGACGGCAAUGUGGUGCCCUUCGUGAGAAGGCUCAUCAGCACCGCAGCAGCCCUGUACGGCCCCACGAUCCGCCAUGAGCUGGACCACCAGGACAGCCAUGCUGCUGGAGGACGGGAGGACAGCCCUGCAGCCAGCACCAUCAGCAGCACCUCCCAUCAGGAGCCUCCCGCCUUGGGCCCAGGCCGCUCCACCAGCCCCGCAGGGCCCAGCGCCGAGGAGCUGCCCGGCAGCUCUCCUGGGGGACCCGGGUGCCCCAGCACCGCCACCGCACCCUCAGCGGAGGAGCCCCAGGAGGAGCCAGGGCAGGCGGCGGCAGCGGGCCCCUCCACCCAGGGCAGGAACCGCUCGCGUGGGGGGCCCCGGCGCCCCCCGAAGAGGAAGGCCAGCAGCAGCCGCCAGGACUCGUCCCCACCCCGCAAGAGGCGGCCCCGGCGGCGGCGCUAG